AUGCCGCCCAUCCGCACCAUGCCGACCGUCAAGCCCGUCCGCACCGAGAGGACCCACGAGGAGAAUCAGGAAAGGUAACAUGCUUUGUUUCUGUCGCGUCCGCUAGCAUCCGCUGACGAUUGUCAAAGAGCGUACAUCGCUGCCUCUCGCCGAAGUGACCGCAGUCUCGAAGCCCGGGUGGAGUCGGCGCGCCGUGCCUCCGAGAUUCACAAGAAACGCACUGGUCGUUCGCUUCGCGUCCGUGAGGAAGACGUGAUGAACGAGGAGAUGUACGAAGAAGAGGACGAUGAUCUCCCCAUGCAGUUCCGACGCAUCAACGCCCUCCACCCUGGCCUCGCCUACAACAAUCCCGCGUUUACUGAUCGCGUCAACAAUUACCUGGCCGGCCAGAUCGGCGUCAGGAACUACCUGCACCAGGCCAUAUUCCAGGCCAACCAGAGCCAGUACGCCAACCAAUUCCUCAACCCCAUGAUGCAAAACAAUUUCCAGGCCGGUACAAUGUCACCGCAGGCAAUGAAUGGUGCCUUCAACAAUGGACAACCCCAGUCCCCUUGGCCGAGCAUGCAAAAUGUCCGGCCCAGCUCUCAUGGUCACGCUGCAUCGAUACAACAGCAACAGCCGUACUCGAAUGCGGCUACGCCAAUGCCUCAGGACUCCCGGCGGCCGUCUCUCCCCGUUCAACAGGGCACAUCUCCUUCGCACAGCGCCUCGAGUCUUCCACCUAGUCCACAUCCAAUGUCGAAUCAGAAGUCUGGUCAGUCACCACAGCAAGUUCCGACACCGCCAUCCCAGCAGCAUGCUCGUGUUCCUGCUGCGACACCGCCCACACCCGGUUACGAGCAGCAGCAGAUGUACCCCCUCACCACGAAGCUGCCAAUCGAGACGCAGCAGCUCAUCGAUGGGCAGCCAGCCUUCGCAAACGCUGUCUCUCCGUCGCAAUUGACCCCAGGUGUACCAAUGCCAUCGAUGGGUACCUAUUCAUACAAUCCCAAUGGAAAACCGAAGAAAAGUUCGCCGAAUGGCAGUCCAUCUACCCUUCAAGGUCUGGAUCAGACGCUCACAUCCUUCCCCAUUGCACACAGCCAACCCACACCGCCUGUUUCAGAACCGCAAUCUGCGGCAAGCGCAUCGUCCAACCUAGAGUUCGGUUUCGACAACAUGUACAAGGACUUCGGUAACUUCGACGACUCGAGUUACGGAGGCUGGGACAUGAAUUUUGGUGCCAGUACUGCCGGAAACAGCGGUCAGGUCACCCCAGAAGAAGUGAACUGGAAUGACACGGACUUCUUCAACUAUGCGGCUGCUUCUGAUUGA